CACAACGACUUGGACCUCAAGACUAUUCUAGUCCCGGUCUAUUCCUGGUAAGGCAGCUACAUCCCACUGGGUGGACGCGAAGGGCGUGGCCCACAUACGCCAGAACCAAUUAGGAAGCGGGCCAGGAUGCCGACCCCGCCCCUCGACGUGACGCAGGGCCCCCGGACAGAGGCUUCACAGCCCCGGCCCCAGUCCUUGCAGUGGCUGUAACAAAACCCAGACCCCCAGGUCCCGGCCAAUGGAGGCGAUUUAGACUGGAGCAGGACCGCGUCUGUCAAAAGCUCGACUCCAUAGCAUCGCGAAGUCCAGGGGAAGCUGGAGCCGCCGCGCUGCCUCCCCGCCCCCGCCGGGAUUUAUUGAGUAUUUGGACUGGACAAUUAAGUGGCCCUGAUGAUGUUACCAAGCCCGGUCACCUCCACCCCUUUCUCAGUCAAAGACAUUUUGAAUCUGGAGCAACAGCAGCACUUCCACGGAACUCACUUGCAGGCGGAGUUGGAGCAGCACUUCCACUCGGCUCCCUGCAUGCUGGCCGCGGCUGAAGGGUCACAAUUUUCUGAUGCAGGAGAGGAGGAGGAGGAAGAAGAGGGAGAGAAACUGUCCUAUUUGAACUCACUAGCUGCUGCAGAGGGCCACGGAGAUUCAGGUCUCUGUCCGCAAAGCUAUGUCCACACAGUCCUUCGAGACUCCUGCAGCAGGCCCAAAGAGCAAGAAGAGGAGGUUGUGAGAGAACGGAGCCAAAAAAGCUGCCAGCUGAAGAAGUCUCUAGAAGCAACUGGAGACUGUAAGGCGAGCGAAGACGGCGAGAGGCCGAAGCCGCGCAGCCGCCGGAAGCCGCGGGUGCUCUUCUCGCAAGCUCAGGUCUUCGAGCUGGAGCGCAGGUUCAAGCAGCAGCGGUACCUGUCGGCGCCCGAGCGCGAGCACCUCGCCAGCAGCCUGAAGCUCACGUCCACGCAGGUGAAAAUCUGGUUCCAGAACCGCAGGUACAAGUGCAAGAGGCAGCGGCAGGACAAGUCCCUGGAGCUGGGGACUCAUGCGCCGCCGCCGCCACCUCGCCGCGUGGCAGUGCCGGUGCUGGUGCGGGACGGCAAGCCUUGCGUCACGCCCAGCGCGCAGGCCUACGGCUCGCCCUACAGCGUGGGUGCCGGCGCCUAUUCCUACAACAGCUUCCCCGCCUACGGCUACGGGAACUCGGCCGCCGCCGCUGCUGCCGCCGCUGCAGCCGCAGCCGCGGCCGCGGCCUACAGCGGGAGCUACGGCUGCACCUACCCGACAGGCGGUGGCGGUGGCGGGGCCUCGGCAGCGACCACCGCCAUGCAGCCCGCCUGCAGCGCCACCGGCGGCGGAUCCUUUGUGAAUGUGGGCAACCUGGGAGGCUUUGGCAGCGGUGCGGGCGCUCAACCUUUGCACCAGGGUGCGGCAGCCGGGGCCGCGUGCGCUCAGGGGACCUUGCAGGGCAUCAGGGCUUGGUGAGGACUGGGCAGGACACGCGGCGGGCAUCCUACCGCUGCUAGGCGCCGCGGGAA